AUGGGGAAAAUCGGCUUCUCCCUGCUCCUCGCCCUGGCUCUGGUGACUGUUGGCACCUCUUCAGAGAGAAAGUGUGUCCUGUCCGGAUCAUGGAAGAGCAGCCUGGGCUGCAGGAUGGAUAUAUCUGAACUCAGCAAGGCUGGAGCGUUCUCGGGUUCAUACCACUCUGUGGCAAUGGCCCCCAAGGCUGAUAUCCUGUCAUCGCCCCUGCAUGGAGUCCAGCACAAUGCCAACCAGAAGGAGCAGCCAACCUUCGGGUUCACGGUGAAGUGGCAGUUCUCAGAGUCUCCACCAGAGUCCGUGAGCGUCUUCGUGGGCCAGUGCUUCACGGAUGACCAGGGAGAAGAGACCCUGCAGACCACGUGGCUGCUGCGCAAGGAGGUCGGAUCCCCCGGUGCCGACUGGGAAGCAACCAGGGUCGGCACAAACAUUUUCACUCGGAUCAAGUGACGGAACGUGGGUGAAUCCGUGAGGAGCGACGGUGCCCGGUGACCCAGCAGCACCGUGACCACACUCUGCAGCCCCAGGGCUCCUGGCCCCCCGUCCGGGAUUGUCCUGGGCUCUCUCGAGAGCGUCUCGCUCUGCCUCAGGGCUGUUUGCUGGGCUGCAGAAUCACCCGUCUCUGUCUCCACCUCCCCCUCGCUCUCCGGUGACCCCCCCAGAAUCGCUGUCCCACCCCCCCAUGCUGCAGUUUAGUUCCUUUCCCAGUAAAGCUCUAGCACGGGAGGCAAAUGAGUCUCUGGUGUUUUUACCGCUCUUGGCCCUUGGGGUGAAGCUGUUGCUGAGCCGUGACUCCCACCUGCCCCUCCCUGGAUUCCCCGGGAGGUGCCGGAUUCUCUCCCGUUAGCCGGGCCCUUCCUGGGACACCCCUUGGCAGGUUCAUCCCCCUGGGUCGCUCCUUUGCUCCCUG